CAGUGGUCAAUUUACGUUUUUAACUCAGUUCAUAACACUGAAUUACCUGUUUACCUUUCUUUGUGGACUGUGAACGAAACAUGGCAGCAAAAUCAUUUGUUGGACUGCUGAUAUUUGCCCCGUGCUUGGUAACAGUUUCCUGUUUGCAGUGCUACCAAUGUAGCCGUGAAGACAAUAACGACGCUGAGGAACAUUGUGCGUUAUCGUCAUCCUCUGUACUAGGCAACAACACAAAAAUCAAUUGCAGUGCAGGUGAAGAUCAUUGCCUGAUUACGAGAAGAUUUACGAAGGAAAAAUCUGUUGACCUGUUUACACGGAAGUGCGCUGAUAAAAGCGAGUGUCACAACUCCUGUACAGAUCCUGAUGAAAGGGGAGUGAAAAUCUGCGACCAAUGCUGUGAAGAAGAUCUGUGUAACAAAGGAAUGGGACCUCCAUUACCGCUGUCAAGGACGUCAAGGAUUCAGAUGACGACGGGCCUGUCUUUGGCUUUGGCUGGGUUAUUACUGCUUUGGUUCUUUUAAAUGGAAUUCUUCAUCGGAGACCCUAGUUUCCAUGAUCCAUUUUCCACUUUGAUCUUGGUUUGUUUUGGUUCGUUUUGUUACAUUCUGUAUUUCUCUUUUCUUUUUUUUCAGUCAGUAAAUUGUAAAUUGUUUAAUUAAGAGUUAAAAUCAACGUAUCGAAUUUUCAAUAUCCAUAGACUAGUCUAUAUGGAGCGAAUUUAGUUAAAUCUCUUUCCAGUGAUCAUGAAUGAUUAUUUAGCCUUCAUCUUUGUGUAAUGAAUUAUUUUCUUGUAAGCAAAAUGGCUGAUUCUGUCUACUCAAGUUACCAUGUGAGUUCUGGCAUCCGAAAACUUUGAUCUUUCGUAUUUUCACGUAGAUAUAUUCAAAGAACCUUCUUUUCAGUUUUUUGUUGUUGUAUCUACUGUGCCUCCAUUCCGGAUGAUUCAGUUUUGAAGAGUUUGGAAGCGUGUGCACAAUCCACUUAAUGUGUUUCGUUUUUCUUAGUGGUGAUUCCUUGUCUUAAAUAAUGUGAUUUUGUGCCAUCAAACAUUCAACAAAUUUGAAAGCGAAGGACACUUCGCCUGGCCACGAAGAUUCAUGUUUCUUCAUCUUGAGUGCAUUGUAAGGUGACCAGUGAGGCUUAUAGGAAAGUUUUGUGGAAAAUAAAUGGAAAAUUCGUCGGAUACGUAAGAUAUAAAGCUACAAUUUAUUGAUUUGAAUCAAAAUUUCAGCUACUUUGCAUUUUAAGAACCUUACAAAUAAUAACAGUGAUAAUCCGAACUAAAUUAUUGUUGGGAUAAGGGGAGGAGAAAAAUUAAAAUUAUUAUUUUAACUCCUAA